CGCUGAUCACCGGGAAAUGCAAUUGCCGGUUCUCGGCUGCACUUUCCUCACGCUGUCAGAGCGCGAGUAAAGUACUGCCGAGAACCGGCAGUUGUCAGAGCAGGGAUCAGCACUGAUAAUCAGGGCACUGAUGAUCAGUGCCCUGAUGAUCGAUGCCCAGCAGUGCCACCCACCUGUGCCCACCAUCAGUGCCACCAGUCAGUGCCCAGCGGUUGUGCCAGUCAGUGCCCAGCGGUUGUGCCUAACUGAUGCCAGUCAGUGCCGCCUAUCAGUGCCACCUAUCCGUGACACCUCAUUA